UUUAAAGAUUAAUUAAUUAAUAUAAAUGAUUGUAAUUUUAUUUCAUCACACCCACAAUUUGUAAGGUUAAGUUCUUGUUAUUGUGUCUUUUUUUGAAUUUUAAUAAAAAUAUUAAACGAUUGAUAACAGUUUAUAUAUAUAAAUUGAUAUUCCUUAAAUGUUGAAUCAUAAUAAAAAUGUCAGCAUCUUUAGGUAAGAAAGUGUUAGUAUUAUUAGAUUCCAUUGUAUUUCUUACUGUUGUGGCAUUUUUAUGGGGUGUAACCAAUCCAUUUAUUAAGAAAGGAGCCAGAGGUUUAGAAAAUGUGAAAUCAUCUUCUAGAUUCGGUCAAUUUUUUAAAGAACUUGCCUUUCUUGUUACAAAUUUAAAGUACAUUAUACCAUUUAUCAUUAACCAAAGUGGGUCUGUGUUGUAUUUUUUAACUUUGAGUAGAGCAGAUAUAUCAUUGGCUAUCCCAGUUACUAAUUCUCUUACUUUUGUGAUAACUGCAAUGACUGGUUGGAUUUUGGGCGAAGAAAAGAUACACAAAUAUACUUAUAUGGGGAUGAUAUUGAUUUUGAUUGGAACAGUGCUUUGUUGUUUGGAUAAAAUAGAGAAUACUGUACAACUUUAAUUAUAGCACUUCAAUUUAGAAUGUGUCAAUUUUAUUAACCUUCCAUAGAUGUUCACAAUUAGUUCGAAAAAUGAUGGAACGUGCUAAUUAAUAAUCCAAGAAAAAAAUUAACUGGAAAUAUAAUGAAGCAAACAUAAAGAUUACAGUUAGAAAUAAAGAUUAUUAUUACAAAUAUUUACAAUUAAUAUAUGUAAAUAAGAUAGAGUUGAUCUAUGCACAAUAAACAUAUAUAACUGCUAAGUAUCUCCUUGUACAAUUUAAACAUGGUAAUUAUUAUGACGAAAUUAAACAAAUAUUUUUUU